UAAUGUGACGCCAUCGAUAAGCGUUGCAUCGCUCUUUUAAAAGCCCCUGAAAUAGGAUUUUCUCGCAGUCAGAGGCUCGUUGUCCACCGGCAGAGUAGCUCGUCAUUCGUCAACCCUUGACUGGCGUGAUAAAGAACUGGAAGAUCCCUCGCAUCAGGAGCAUUUCAGAAUGAAACCGGUCAAGGAAAUCGAGAACGGCUCCUUCCAGGCCGAUGAAGAAAAGGAAGCCAUCGAACUGAAGCCAACGAUGAAGAAGGGAGAUGCCACUCGCCAGGAGAGCGUUCCCCUCCUGUUUACGGCAAUCAACGCCGGUAAUUUCGAGGGCGUGAGGCUCCACUUGGACCAAACAACGGAACACAUCAACAGUAUUUCUUACGGUGGGCUGACUCCUCUUCAUGCAGCCUGCCACAUGCAACAGCUCGACAUUUUGAAUUUGCUUAUCAAACGUGGUGCUAAGGUAGAAGCCUUAGACAGCCUUGGCAACUCAGCCUUGCACGUUGCAGUGAGGGAAGAUUGGUACGAAGGCGUGAAAGCUCUGCUGGAGCGAGGAGCAUCUCCCAGACAGGUGAGCGAUCCUCCACCCUACGUGAGCGGUCAGCUGAAGGAGACCCCACUUCACUCAGCAGUAAGGACUGGAAACUUGGCGACAAUCAAUCUCAUGCUUAAGUAUAAUCCAGAUCUGAGCAUCAGAGAUCGCAACAAUCAGACUGUCUUCCAUCUGGCUGCUGCCGUGAGAAACGUUCCAGUUCUGAAACAAUUGUUGAUGGAUGGCGAGAGUUCAAAAGUAUUAGAGGCAACGGCAGAAAAAUCGAGUAGCUUGUACCAUGCUGCUUUGCCAUCAAGUGCCAAAGUAGAUCAUGAAUUUCAGAUUCUAAAAGUGAUACAGUUAAUUUAUAAAUGUGUCAGUAGCGAUCUCAGCACCGCUAAUUUUCUUGGAGAAACUCCACUUUUCCUAGCCUGUCGGCUUGGUUUUCCCAAUGUGGUUAAAUUUUUUCUCGCCAAUGGAGCUGACCCAACACAAGUAACUCGAGAGGGAGAAAAUGUAUUGCAUGCUGCAUGUACCAGCGGUUGCUCAACAACGCUCCAAUAUUUGCUGGAUACAAGCAAAGUUUACCACUUGAUUCAAGAAACCGACGGCAAUGGAAAUAGGCCUUUUCAUUUAGCUAUAGAAAGCGCAUCUUUAGAAUGUUGUAAAAUACUUCUCUGCAAUGGUGAACACCUCACUUGUGUUGAUAACAAUGGUGUUACAAACUGUUCCAUCGUUUUAGAAAAACUUCCCUCUGCCAUGCAGCUCUUCAAAGAACUCUUUGAUGCAAAUGUGAAGCUAUCAAGGAAAUCGCAACAUGAUCCAGAUUUCAGUAUCACGUUCGAUUAUUCAGUGCUUUGUUCAGAGAAAGAUGAAAUGCAAAGUUCCAUUGCUUGUGAACUUGCUGGUACUCGUCUGGAGCCUUUAAUCAAACAUCCUCUUUUAGAAAGCUUCUUGUGUAUUAAAUGGAGUCGAAUUCGUAAUCUCUUUUACUUCAACGUGAUACAAUAUUUCCUUUACCUAAUGAUACACACAGUCUUCGUCCUUUUAACUUAUGGUAAGAUGGAACUGCGCUGGUCAGCUCACCAUGAAUGGUACUUGGCAUUCAAAUACAUUCACGUAGCCCUCAUCAUUUCCAUAUCCAUUCCCGCUAUCAUUAUGACUAUUGCCAAUUUCAAGAAAAUGAUGAUGCAGUGGGAAACAUACACAAGAAUGAUAGCAAUGACGACUUCAGCUUACGUGAUAUUCAUAACCACAGAACGACGUGUAAAACCUGUCACUACAGCAGCAGCAGCUGAAGAAUUGCCAGUCGAAGGAACAAGAGCUCUUGCAAGCAUAGCCAUCCUCUUUGUUUGGGUCGAACUCAUGAUGCUUCUAGGCCGGUUCCCAGCCCUUGGUACUUACAUCCUCAUGUUCACCAAAGUGUCUAAGUCACUGAUUAAAUUCAUCUUUUCCUUUUUGAGCUUAAUUCUUGGGUUUUCUAUGAGCUUCCACAUCCUGUUCCAGAAGAUGCCGGUGUUCGAUACUUAUUCACUCAGCUUUGCUAAGACAGUCAUGAUGAUGACUGGAGAAAUUGCUUAUAGUGAAUUUGUCAAUGAGAAAGGAAUGCCCUUCGAUAUAUUUUGCCUCAUAGUUAUGAGCCUUUUUGUAUUCUUAGUGACUGUAAUCAUGUCAAAUCUUCUCAUCGGUUUGGCAGUCAAUGACAUCCCACAUCUUAAGAGACUGGGAAAGAUUAAGCGGUUGGUGAAACAAGCAUCUUAUCUUGUGGCUUAUGAGAAGGUUCUUACUUUUGCAUACAAAUGGAACUUUUUCCCAAGCAGUCUGAGAGAACUUUUGUCUUCAAGAUCCUCGAUCCAGUCAGUCAUAACAGUCUCGCCCAAUAAAGAGGACAAGAAAGACAUGCAAAGUUAUUCCAUUAAAGAUGAAACGAUCAGGGAAGCUAUCUCCUUGGGCAGCAACAUCACAUCUGACGACUACCAGCCUAACUUGGAGGAGGAUGUUGGCAAACAGUUCAAGAGCUUUCAGUUGAGAUAUACAAACGACCGUCGCUCGCAGAAGACCAAGUUCGAAGAACUCUCCAUCGUGUGCAGUGAUCUCAAGAAGGAAGUGCUGCGCAUACAGGCGAAGAUUGACAGUCAGAUGACUCAGGUGUCCAAUCAACUAGAGAGAAACUUGCAACAAAAUCAGGAGAUUUUAGAGCAACUGUUACUGAAUCGACCUGUGGUGGAAACACAAGGGGACUGAAGCGUUAUCGGGUCAGGGAAGAUAUCGACUGUUAAGUGAGGUUUAUAAGAAAAACGGCGCUCAAUUUGCCUUAUUUCAAGAUACCGUUGAAAAGAAAACUCUCUAUACAACGAAUGAAUCAUCAAUGCAACCAUGUAGUAGUUAUAAGAGCUCGAUUACAUUCCUAUGCAUACACCCACCCACGCAUCAUUUGUUUACAUAUACUUCAGAUAACGAAGACACUGGAUACAUAUAUAAUACUAUUACCUCUCAUUAAAUGUAAUCUGUAAUAUCAA